GGAGAAUUAAUCAACCACAAUGUGACCGUGCAGGCGAAAAAAACAGAGCUCACACAGCGCGCGCAGACAGUGUGGGGGAAGGGAAUCCAGCACAGAGGCCAGAUCCAAGGUCACUGACGAUGCCUCCUGUCUCCAAGUGUCUCUCUCUCUUUAACAAGGCUGCGAGUGUUUCCCGCUGUCUCCUGUAGCGCAACACAGAGAAGCACUAAAAACUCCGCCAAUAAUAUCAGCCCCUUCCGAAUCCAAGUCCACUUUGAACUUUAGCGUUUCGGCAAUCGGCGAUAUAUGCCUACAUUUUCGUCCCCUGUUUGCACGGAUUGCCAGCAGCAAGAACACACGGGAAUAAGAAGGCGAGUUAUAAUAUGGGAGUAAAGUCUACACGGGCUCACUGAAGUUGGAGGCUCUUUUCCUCGAAGAGGUGAAAGCGGUGGCUUUAGCACACACGCGAGCACACUAUCUGAGUAGCUAGGUGGGCCCACCCGUAAUACAGACCUCAUCCACUGAGGUGGGCUAAGAUGAGUAUAACCAGCGAUGAAGUGAACUUCUUGGUUUAUCGGUAUCUCCAGGAAUCAGGUUUCUCCCACUCUGCAUUCACCUUCGGCAUCGAGAGCCACAUCAGCCAGUCCAACAUCAACGGAACGCUAGUGCCCCCUGCUGCCCUCAUCUCAAUCCUGCAGAAGGGUCUCCAGUAUGUGGAGGCUGAGAUCAGCAUCAAUGAGGACGGCACGGUCUUUGAUGGUCGGCCAAUCGAGUCUCUUUCUCUCAUCGACGCGGUGAUGCCAGAUGUCGUGCAGACACGGCAACAGGCCUUCCGCGAGAAGCUGGCCCAGCAACAGGCCGCUGGCACCAUGGCAACUGCUGCAGGCGCCGUGCAACAGAACGCGCCCAAGAACGGGGAGGCCACUGUCAAUGGAGAGGAGAAUGGAGCGUACCCUAUGAAUAACCACACGGAGGCCAUGGAGAUCGAUGGCGAUGUGGAGAUCCCUGCCAGCCAGGCCACUGUGCUGAGGGGACACGAGUCCGAAGUCUUCAUCUGCGCUUGGAACCCGGUCAGCGACCUGCUGGCCUCUGGGUCCGGUGACUCCACCGCCCGCAUAUGGAACCUCAAUGAGAACGCUACCAGCGGCUCCACCCAGCUGGUGCUCAGGCACUGCAUCCGAGAGGGGGGCCAGGACGUCCCCAGCAACAAGGACGUCACCUCCCUGGACUGGAAUAGUGACGGGACACUCUUAGCAACAGGAUCUUACGAUGGCUUUGCGAGGAUAUGGACAAAAGAUGGUAAUCUGGCUAGCACUUUGGGGCAACACAAAGGCCCUAUAUUUGCCUUGAAAUGGAACAAGAAGGGAAACUGCAUCCUCAGCGCUGGAGUGGACAAGACGACAAUCAUCUGGGACGCCCACACGGGUGAAGCCAAGCAGCAGUUCCCCUUCCACUCAGCACCUGCCCUGGACGUUGACUGGCAGAACAACACCACCUUUGCCUCCUGCAGCACAGACAUGUGCAUCCAUGUGUGUCGACUCGGCAGCGACCGGCCCCUAAAGACCUUCCAGGGACAUUCGAACGAAGUCAACGCAAUCAAGUGGGAUCCAUCCGGCAUGCUGCUGGCCUCCUGCUCUGAUGACAUGACCCUAAAGAUCUGGAGCAUGAAGCAGGACUCCUGUGUGCAUGACCUCCAGGCCCACAGUAAAGAGAUCUACACCAUCAAGUGGAGCCCCACUGGGCCAGGCACCAGCAACCCCAACUCCAACAUCAUGUUGGCCAGCGCGUCGUUUGACUCUACGGUGAGACUGUGGGACGUGGAGCGCGGCGUCUGCAUCCACACGCUCACCAAACACCAGGAGCCCGUGUACAGCGUGGCCUUCAGCCCCGAUGGGAAGUACCUGGCCAGCGGCUCCUUCGACAAAUGCGUCCACAUCUGGAACACCACGAGUGGGGCAUUAGUCCACAGCUACAGGGGAACCGGAGGCAUUUUUGAAGUGUGUUGGAACAGCACGGGGGACAAAGUUGGGGCCAGUGCAUCAGAUGGCUCGGUAUGCGUUCUUGACCUUCGAAAAUAGCAUCGCGGUGGUGAUUUUAAAGAUGGUCCGUGGAACAUGUGGCAAAAUGCCUCCCCCAUUUUUGCCAUGGUGGUUUCCAGCAUCACUGUUGUGGAGCCACUUGAACAUCGGCAAACACAUUCUCAGCGGCAACGCAGACCCGGCGCCUCCUUCGGGGAACAGAUGCGGAUGAAUGGCAAGGACCCAAACAGC